GCGAGCGGCGCCGCAGCCAAUGGGCGGCUCCUCUCCGGAAGGACGCAGGGAUCCGGGAGAAGCCGAGCGGCAGCGUUCGAGUGUCGGUGAAGUGGAUCACGGAUUCCCCGUGAAAAGCCCAUUCCUCAAGAUGCCCAACAAGACCAAGAAGGACAAGGAGGCGACAAAAUCGGCCAAAAGUAGCACCAAGAGCAGCAAGGAUGUUAGCCCUGAAAUCUCAGACGAGGCCCAGCAGCAGCAGAGUGGCAGUAAGCGCCCCAGUACCUCCACACCACCCCCCACCCAGCUCAACAAGAUCAAAUACUCUGGAGGUCCGCAGAUCGUCAAGAAGGAGCGACGGCAGAGCAGCUCCCGGUUCAGCCUCUCCAAGAACCGCGAGCUGCACAAACUACCCGCCCUCAAAGACGCGCCGCUGGUGGACCGCGAGGAGCUGUUCGUCCAGAAGCUGCGUCAGUGCUGCGUCCUGUUCGACUUUGUGAGCGACCCGCUCAGCGACCUCAAGUUCAAGGAGGUCAAGCGGGCGGGGCUUAACGAGAUGGUGGAGUACAUCACGCACAACAGCGACGUGGUCACCGAGAGCAUCUACCCCGAGGGCGUCUUCAUGUUCUCCAUCAACCUGUUCCGGACCCUGCCCCCCUCCUCCAACCCCACCGGGGCCGAGUUCGACCCGGAGGAGGACGAGCCCACCCUGGAGGCCGCCUGGCCCCACCUGCAGCUGGUCUAUGAGUUCUUCCUGCGGUUUCUGGAGUCUCCAGACUUCCAGCCCAACGUUGCCAAAAAAUACAUUGACCAGAAGUUUGUUAUGUCGCUGCUGGAGCUGUUUGACAGCGAGGACCCCCGGGAGAGAGACUUCCUGAAGACCAUCCUCCAUCGCAUCUACGGGAAGUUCCUGGGCCUGAGGGCCUACGUCCGCCGGCAGAUCAACAACAUCUUCUACAGGUUCAUCUACGAGACCGAACACCACAACGGGAUCGCAGAGCUUCUGGAGAUCCUGGGGAGUAUCAUCAAUGGUUUUGCUCUCCCUCUGAAAGAGGAGCACAAGAUGUUCCUGAUCCGUGUUCUGCUCCCGCUCCACAAGGUCAAGUCGCUCAGCGUGUACCACCCCCAGCUGGCCUACUGCGUGGUCCAGUUCCUGGAGAAGGACAGCAGCCUAACAGAGCCCGUGAUCAUUGGCCUGCUGAAGUUCUGGCCUAAGACCCACAGUCCUAAGGAGGUGAUGUUCCUCAACGAGCUGGAGGAGAUCCUGGACGUCAUCGAGCCCUCAGAGUUCCUCAAGGUCCAGGAGCCGCUCUUCAGACAGCUGGCCAAGUGUGUGUCCAGCCCUCACUUCCAGGUGGCUGAGCGGGCUCUGUACUACUGGAACAACGAGUACAUCAUGAGUCUGAUCAGCGACAACGCGGCCAAGAUCCUCCCCAUCAUGUUCCCCGCGCUCUACAAGAACUCCAAGAGCCACUGGAACAAGACCAUCCAUGGUCUGAUAUACAACGCCCUGAAGCUCUUCAUGGAGAUGAACCAGAAACUGUUUGAUGACUGCACCCAGCAGUACAAGGCUGAGAAACAGAGGGAGAAGUACAAGCUGAAGGAGAGAGAAGAUAUCUGGAGCAAGAUCGAGCUGUUAGCCCGCCAAAACCCCCAGAGCAACAGGCUCCACCCCCUUCGCCCGGGGCUCCACCCCCAGGAAGAGUGCAUGGUGUACAGUGAGGGCAGCAUCCCUCUGUUCUCCAUGGAGACGGAGACUCCGACCGCCGAGGAUAUCCAGCUGCUGAAGAGGACGGUGGAGAGUGAAGCUACACAGGGCAUGAAGGACAUGAGGAAGGAGAAGGUCCUGACGAGGAGGAAGUCGGAGCUGCCGCAGGACGUCUACACCAUCAAGGCCCUGGAGGCGCACAAGAGGGCCGAGGAGUACCUCACAGCCAAUCAGGAGGCCCUCUGACGCCAAGGAGGCGGGCCCACCUGAGCGUGACUCCGCCCACCGCUCUCCCGGGGGAAGGGGCAUCGCGGUGAGGUUGCCCCGGGAGACGCUAGGCCAGGAACAGUGCGCUCGCUGGGCUCCACCCCCGACAGGAAGCUUCACGGAAAACUUCACUGCGCUGCCCGCCUCUCUACAUCCUCAGCCAAUCAGUCGCCUUCUCUCUUCAGCUAGCCAAUCAUCUCUCUGCCUUCGAAAGAACCCUGCCCCCCUGCCUCCCGCUCCACAACCUCGUCCCUCCGCCACACACACACACACACACACACACACACACACACACACACACACACACACACACACACACACACACACACACACACACACAGGAGUGCACGUGCAUGCACGCCCGCAGCAGGGGUCUGGGUCUGACACAUGAAGGCCAGCAUCUUCCCGGUCGUCGUGGCGACUGUUUCCAGGUCCGGUUCUCCUCCUCUGGCUGGUCUAUGCACUUUAACCUUGGCACUGUUGCCUAGGCAACAGCAUCCCAGAGCCUGCGUCCCCGGUCCUUCUGGGGCCCCAGACUCUCCUCCUCCUCCUCCUAGUGAUAUCAGCCAAUCAGAAACUGCGAUUGUUAACAUCCUGUUUUGUCUCUGAUGUUAAUGUUGGGAGGAAGUGAUGUCCCACGCAGGUCCACGUCUGUCCGGGUUCCUGUUGGAACCGGUUUGGAGUUGAGGUGCUAUUGGGUCAGGGGUCUUCAGUCUGUCCUGGUUCUGAUUGGUUCCCGGUGGUCACAUGUUGAGGUGGCCGAGUCAGUCAGCAGCCAGGACAGAAGGUAAAACUCACAACUCCUCCCCCUCCCUCAGUAGAGGGAUGGGCUAGAUGAUGGCUCAUUAUGUGGGUCAGGGUUUAGGGGGGUUAAAUGAUGGCUCAUUAUGUGGGUCAGGGUUUAGGGGGGUUAAAUGAUGGCUCAUAAUGUGGGUCAGGGUUUAGGGGGGUUAGAUGAUGCUUAUCAUGUGGGUAUCCUUCCCUGCAGCACAGUUUACCCUCCUUAUGGUUGGUAUCAGGUUCCAAUCCCACCCCUGCUGUCGACCCAGACACACUACCUAAAGCUCCUCCUCCUCUAUUAAGCCCCUCCCCUCUUCAUAUUCUCAAAGCGCCAAAGCAAUAUCAUACAAGGGUGAAACCUCUCAUGCUGUGCAGAGUGCAUGAGUGGGCGUUGAAACAAUCCUCCACAGACCACAGCGAGACCAUUCUCUUUAUCUCCCCCUGGGUGGUCCGCGUCCAAUCGCUGCAUGGCAGCCUCCCUCCGAUUGGUGUCCCCCUCGCAAGCUUUGCUGUCAAUCACUCUGAGCAUUCCAACGGCGGGGGCUAGGCCCCGCCCUCCUUCUCCAAUAGGCUCGGAGGGUAAACCGACCGAGCCAAUGGCUGCUCGCUGGGCCGGACACAUAGUAAUCCAAAUAGUAAUCUGCUGUUAUUAUUUUAUUGGAUGCGCCCCGUAUGCCUGAAGCUGUUGCAACGUCCGCAUUUAAAGUUUCAAUUCAAUUCGAUGGUAUUUGUAUAGCCCUGAAUCCCUAUUACCGUCUCAAAGGGCUUGACAGGCGGAUGAAUCCGAGUUCUGUUAGUGCGCUGCAAUGAGGGUCAUGUGAUCGGGACCCCCUGCGGUCCCGCCGGGCUCCUGUCCUCCGCAGGGGGGGGCGUCGCCCCAGCUGGGGAGGAGGAGCUUCAGAGACGGCACCAUUUUCAAAUCAAGACGACUGUCCCCAACCCCAGCCAGCACCAUGUAAGCCACUCCCACACAUGAGUACAUCAGAGUCCUUUAAUAGAGUAGAGCAUCACACGCAGAGGAAGCUUUUGUACGGAGGAGCUGAAUUAAGAGGAGGGCUGACGUCGCCGCGCUGUCGCUUCCUCCUCCUGCUCCUCCUCAGAGUAUUGACGACGGCAUUGUAUUGAUUAGUUGUACUGUAUUGACAAUAAAAAGGAACAAAGUUAAAAACAAUCAAAUGUAACU